AUGCCUUAUCUGCCGCGUCCCCUCGACGCAGCCGGCUCUCCUCCCCGUGCCCUCGCAGGCGGGUUUCCCGCUGCUGCCUCAGCCGCGCGUUCUCGUAGCAGCCGCUGCCGCAUCGUUCCCCCUCGACGCCGGUCAAUCGCGGUCACUUGGAUCUCCUCCUCCGCUGCCGUGGCAUCUUCCGCCUCAGCCUCUCCCUUCCUUUCGUCGUCGCCGUCCUCCUCGCCCGCCUCCCUCUGGCCAGGCUCGUCCUCGACCGCAGCUUCACGCUCUCGCCGCACAGUCCCAGCUGCUGCAGCUCCCUCCGGCCCAGUCCGAGACCACGCGUCACUCCGAUCUGCUUUGGUGGCUUCGGCGCAGUUCGCGCUGCUGAUCCUUCCCUCGUGGCCGCCGCCGUCAGCGCCUGAGUUGGCGCCGCCUCCGCGGGCGCGGCCCUUUGUCCCCGCACACCAGCAGUCUCAGCCGACCCCUGCACCUCCCGUUGUUAACGAAGACGAGGUGUUUGGCACUCCUCGUGACCCUGAUGUGGAUUGGUGGGGGGUGUUGUGGCCCCACGUGCCGCGCGAGGGGAACUGGGGCACUCCUCCCCCGAGCCCUCCUUGGGGGGAGCCCCGGCCUGGGGAUGGGGCUUACCAGUCCCGCGUGAUGCGGUUGUCGGAGGUUGGCCGGUGCGUGACGGAGUUAUCUUUCGUGCUUGACCUCUUGCAUUAUGCCCUUCAGUCGCAGGAGGUUGUGGCCCGGGAUCCGCAGCUGAGCGAGGACCAGCAGAGGCGGGUGCGCCGUGCAGUGUCGAACGCGCUAUGGGAUGUUCUUCAUCUGCCACUUGAGCCGGAGGACCCUUUGCUGGACGACGGUCCAGGCUCUGCAGCUUUCCGCAUGGUAGCCACGGCUGCUGAGGAGUCACCACCUGGGAUCGUCCCUGCCUUCGCGUGUGUGCUCCGGUGGCUCGGGCGGCGGGUGGAGCGGAUGUAG